AAAAGUCUUCAAUGGAUUUCUGGACUUUCUUCUUAGCAGUACCUUGAUUUGAGUGGUGUGCAUCUUCGUAAAGCAACUGAUUGGCUACAGGUAACAUUAUCCAAUCUUCCUUCUUUGUUAGAGUUGCACUUGUCUGACUGCUCUUUGGAAGGCCCAAUUCCAGAUUACUUUGGGAACAUGUCAUUUCUUGAAGUUGUUGAUUCUAGUUUCAACUCACUCAAUUCAUCCAUACCCAACUCCUUGUAUAGUUUAAACCAUCUUCAAUCCCUUACUCUUUCUUUUAACGAUUUACAAGGUGAAAUUUCGAGUGCCAUUGGAAACUUGAGCUCUCUCAUUCACCUUGAUCUUUCAUUUAAUGAGCUACAAGGGAAAGUACCAGACUCUCUGGGAGAUCUUUGCAAAUUGAAGGAGAUGGAUUUGUCAUCUAAUGGAAUUGAUCAAGACAUAUCACAAAUCCUACUGAUUUUGUCUACAUGUUGUUUGGAUAGCUUAGAGUCAUUGAGGAUGUCAUAUAACCAACUUUCUGGCCAUUUAACAGAUCAACUUGGGCAAUUUAAAAAUUUAGCUUACAUGGACCUUGCUCGAAACAACAUUUCUGGUCCCAUUCCAUGGUCGAUAGGGGAGUUAUCGUUUUUGAAGGCCUUUGAUGUUUCAGAAAAUCAAUUAAAUGGUACUUUUCCUCCAAACUUUGGGCAAUUGAAAAAAUUAAAAGCUCUAUAUAUUGGGAAAAAUCAAUUGGAAGGAGUUGUAUCAGAAACUCACUUUUCUAAUCUCACGAGGUUGAAGACUUUGGUGGCAUCCGAAAACAUGAUAAGAUUUGAACCAAACUCAAGUUGGAUUCCUCCGUUUCAAUGUGGAAUUACCGAAUUGAGUCAAUGGCAUCUUGGCUCGAAGUUUCCCCAAUGGUUGAAGUUCCAAAAUAAGUUGUAUGCUUUAGACAUCUCGCAUGCAGGAAUUUCAGAUGUCGUACCCACUUGGUUUUUGAACCUUUCCACUCAAUUUGAAUACGUGAAUCUUUAUUCUAAUCAACUAACUGGAAGGAUUACAUAUUUGAAUGCAGGAAACAUUGUCGACCUAAGCUCAAAUCGAUUCUUUGGUCCACUGCCAAGACUGUUGUCAAACAGAUUCUCUGGUCCAUUAGAAUAUUUAAGUUUGUCAAGGAAAUUGUUUUCAGGAUCUCUUUAUGAAUUUGUUUGCAAUUCAUCGAUGACAUCAAUGAAAGUUCUUCUCAUUGAUACAAAUUUUCUCUCUGGAGGAAUUCCAGAUUGCUGGAACCUUGGGCAGGGAUUGAAGUUCUUAAAUUUGGGAAACAACAAUUUGACAGGAAAAAUCCCAUCUUCUUUGGGAGAUAAAAGUCUUGAAAUGCUAAACCUUCGGAACAAUAGCAUGCUUGGAGAAUUACCCUCCACAUUACAAAAUUGUACUAAUUUGGUUGUUCUUGAUCUCAGUAAAAAUCAUUUCAGUGGAAGAAUACCAGCAUGGAUUGGUGACAAGCUCUCUAAGCUUGUGGUACUAAGCCUCCGGUCAAAUAACUUUGAUGGUCAUAUUCCUCAUACAAUUUGCAGUCUUCAAUCUCUUCAGAACUUGGACCUUGGACAAAACAAUAUUUCAGGAGCUAUUCCAAAAUGUUUUAGACAUUUAACUGCAAUGGCCACCGAAGAAAACCAACAUAUCUACUAUUCUGAGUGGUUGUACAAUGAUGCUAAUGCAGAAACGAGCAUUUCUUUAAUGGGUGCGUCAUUGGUGCUGAAAGGACGAGAGGACUUGUAUAGUACCACACUGGGACUUGUUACCAGCAUAGACCUUUCAGCUAAUAGUUUUACAGGAGAGAUCCCAAAAGAAGUUGGAACUCUCAUUGGGCUAUUGUCAUUAAAUCUUUCAAGGAAUCUCCUAACAGGAAAUAUACCGGACAACAUUGGCGACUUGAAGUUGAUGGAAUCACUUGAUUUGUCGAUGAAUCAUUUGCAUGGUGGAAUCCCUUCAAGUUUCUCCAAUUUGAUGUCCCACAACAACCUGACAGGACAAAUCCCAACAGCCACUCAGCUUCAAGGCUUUGAUAACUCUUCUUACACAGGCAAUCAUCUCUGCGGGCCUCCUCUCAGUAAAAGCUGCAACGCUAAAGGUGUUCCGACUGAUGCUACAAAGAAUGGAGACAGCAGUGGAAGAAGUAAAGUGAAUGGAUUUUAUGUGAGCAUGGUUGUUGGGUUUGUAAUGGGAUUUUGGGGAGUGGUGGCUCCCCUGUUUUUCAUCAGGUCUUGGAGGCAUGCUUACUAUGCAAAGCUGGGGCAUAUUGGUAACAAGCUGUAUGUGUUUUGGGCUACUAAGUGUAUGCGGUUGAUUGCAUCCAAUGUAUGAUCGUUGUAUUUCCUUUUGCGAGAAUAAAUCAUAUUUCAGGGUUAUGUAAUUUAUAGAAA